GUUUGCGAAUCUGGAUGAGGACAUGGGAGGAGCUAGCUCUUAUGUUAGCAUAGCUUAACCUGCUCUAAACUGACUCCUGUUCCUUUUUUAACGGUAGGAAUUUGAGUUAAACCGUCAAUACUUGUGAGGUCUGUAUGAAAGGUUAGCUGAAGCGAAGCGGUGCUAUUCUAACGAGCAGCUAACGAGGCUCCGACCGCAGGAACAAUGUCCAGCCGCCUGGCCUUCCAGACCCAGCUGGCCUCCAUCAUGGAGGUCUUGGCGAAUGCAGCGGUGGCGGAGAUCUGUAAGCUGGUCGAUGACGACUAUGCGGUGGUGAGUUUACAGAUGUCUCAGUGUCAGAGGGAGAACAAGGCCCUAAAGAGGAAGCUGCAUCUGCUGGAGCUGAAGAUGGCCCGGGGAAACGCGGAGAGGAGGCUCCGGGAGAGCGCCUUGAACAACAACCGGCUACGGGUGCAGAUCAGCGCCAACGACAGGAUCCAAGAGUCCUCACCUUCCACUGAUGGUGUGUUUGAGCGACAGUUGGAUGUCUGGACCAGUAGAUCUGCAGCGGGCGACACAACCAGUGAACCAAGACCGCCGGACCUCAUGCACAGUACGUCUCCGGAUGUGCAGAUGGUGGAGCCAGAACCUGUUAUAGUGAAGGAGGAGGGCACUGAUGCAAACAUGUCAAAAGUUGAAGAAAUAGAAGACGACGUACGACUCAUAGGGGAUGACGGAGUGAUGGCGUGUGCACCACGUGGACCUGGAGGACAAAGGCGUAGCGUGGGACAGCAAGACACUCAGUCCAAUUCCAGUCAGUCCCAGCCCCAGUCCCAGUCCCAGACCAGCAGGACCACAUGCAGCAGCAGAGGAGUGGAGGAUGAGGAGGAUCCAGAUGUGGUGUUAGUGAAGGUGGAGGAGGUGGAGUCGGUGAUGGGGAACCAGAACCAGUUGAACCUCAGCAUACAAGAGGGGUUAGUGGAGUCCAGCACAGAUGACUGCAGAGCAGUGUUACCAUUCGAUGAAAACACUCAGACGUCCACUAAUCAGCUGUCUGACAUGCAGGAGUCUGGGCGGGGCUUCUCAGAGUCGAUCGCUGUGAUGUCAGAUGACUCCAGUAAUGCAGUGACGGUCCAGCUGAGGGUUUCAGACACGAACGCACCCACCAACCCCGGCACCCAACAGCACAAAUCCUGUAACAGCAACCCGCUCAGCUCCGAAUACUCCCUGUUUGAACUGGAGACAUUUUUCACCCGCUGGGCCCCUGACAGUGACUCGGCCCCCAGCGGCCCGUCUUGUUCUUUCUCCACUGAUGAAUCAGCUGAGUGUGAACAGGACGAAGUUAUCAUCCUGAAAUCUGAAACACAGAUUCAACAUGGCCUUCAACCGCCGGCAUCUUCAACAGGCAGGACCAACGUGGAGCAGAGCAGCCAGAGUUUCAGAGUUCACUGUCAGCCCACGGCCUCACAGGCCUCACCAGCGGGGACAUCUGUAUCCACACAUUUGCGGGUGCACACUUCCACCUCUCAGCCUCCAUGGAGCGGAUCACCUGCCAUGUUAAGAAGCACCCAGGCUCAGAUGAUGACGCAGCAUCGUAGUGCAAACAGGAUGUCACAGCAGCAACAGAGCAUGUCAACGACUACAGCCGCUGUUACAAACGUUAGCAGCAUGAAUCUAAGCACCAGCUCCAGCAGUAGGACGCUGAGCUCCACUGUGACUCCAUCAUCAGCCUUAGCAAUGAGAGGAUCCACAGCUGCAGUCAUCCCAGCCCUGCACCGGGCAAGCGCUCUGUCUCGCAACAACAAACACUUCAUCAGCAACAUGGUGUCUGGGAAGCGCUACAGGAAGAGUUACGUAUGCAAAGUCUGUGGCAAGGUUUUCACCGGCCUUUCCAAUCUGGAGGCCCAUGAGCGAGUCCACACGGGGGAGAAGCCUUUCCGAUGCGACACUUGCGGGAAACGCUUCUCUGAGGCCGGGAACCUGAAGAAGCACCAGAGAGUCCACACCGGGGAAAAACCAUUCAGCUGUGACAAGUGUGGCAAAAGAUUUGCCUGGAUCUGCAACCUCAGGACACACCAGCAGUCGGCCACAGGCUGUGACCUGCAGGGCAGAGUGGGGCAAGGACUCAGCUGAUCUGUGUAUUAGUAGUCCAGAUAGGUUCAUACUGUCUACUAGAACUCAUACAGAUUUCCUUUUCUUAUUUGUCGGACAGAUGGAAAAGAAUUAACUCUUUUUCCAUUUGUCUGACAAAUAAGAAAAGGAAAUCUGUGUAUUAGUAUCCAUUCGAGCAAGGGUGUCACACAUACGGCCCCCCAGAGAGUCCAAUCUGGCCCUUGGGAUGAAUUUGUUAAAUGUGAAAAUUACAUUGAAGAUAUUAACAAUCCAUCAUUUUAGUUCAGGGGCCACAUAAAGCCCUAUUUUGAUCUAGUAACCUAUAAAUA